AUGGCGGAAGCAACAGAAAAAUCACGCCCUCUACCGGGUGGAGCGCCGAGUGCAGUAAAGUCGGAGGAAACCGACACCGUUGCCGUGAAGCUGGUGUUGGAUGGGGAGAUUGCGGACGAUGUGGUGAUCCGCGGGUCAUGGGACGACUGGAGCAGAGACUGGCAGCUAGAAAGGAACAAGAAAACGUUAGAGAACCGUUUUUGCCUUGACCUGCCCUGUGGCUACUAUGAGUACAAGUACAGAGGAGGAAGGAGAUGGUUCUGCGACAAGUCUAAGCCGAUGGUACGAAACGCGUUCGGAACGCAUAACAAUUACAUGGAAGUAAAGAAAGUGCCUGAGAGUGCCAGCCCUCUCGUUCAAGGCCUGCGAUCCAAAGUGGCUCAUGCCAAUAUGAAGAUACAGAAAAAGGUGGAUCUAGAAAUCCUUCCUUCGGGAAAGGAUAAAAAACAGGAAGAGAUCGCUGUUAUGGAUGUAGAAAAGCAAUUCCAAGAUACCGACGAGUUCGAAACCCUAGAAAACGACCUAGAAGUAAAGAAAGUUUCUGACGACGUGUCUACCAAUAAGGUUGCUCAUGUCAGUGUAAGGAUAGAAAAGAAAAUUGAUCUAGAAACCGUUGAUAUUGAAGAGCCUGGAUCGAAAUUAGAGUAUGAAACGAAAAGGCAGGAUGAAACAUCUCAAGACAAAAAGAAGACACAAGAGAGCGUUGACGUAGAAAUCCUUAAAGCGUCAGAAUGCAGUGCACAAACCGGACAAGAAACAGAGGCCACAAAGCCUGUCCAUGGUACUAAAGAGGGGUCCACAGUCAGCGAUCCAAGUCUUGCGUUAGUGCAAACGGAAAAGGAUGAUAUUGUUUUUAUCAGCAACGAUAGAAAGUCUGAUAUCAAAGCUCUAAUAGAAACAGCAAAACAAGAUGUUAAUGAAAUGGAGGCUGCGUUAUACAACAUGGCGGUUCUACACGCUGACAUGGUCGAAUAUAAAAGCGUUCUACAAACUGUCGAGAAAUCAGAGGAAGAGGGUGAUCUCGAUGCAACAGGAAAAAUUGUAUCUGCUGGACGUAUCCAUCAAGAUUUAAAGAAGAAUUUGGAAGAAGAAGCUUCCAAAGAAAAAGUGCCACUAUCAGAAAAUGAAGGACAAACGUCAGUCACAGAUUCUACCGAAAGGACUGAACAGAAAGCCUACACCGAGACAUCAGAACUAGACAAGAUAACUGAAAAGCCUGUGCAUCCGAGAGAAGACCUAGAUUUCGCAAUAAUACCGCUACCGGAUGAGAAAGAUGAUGCAACCGUACAAGACAUCUGUGGAGGGUUAGACGAGAGGGUUUGCCCUGAGAUGACCUCCCCGACGUCAGCAACAAGCAGCAGCAAUGGUUGGAUCGUUGUUGACGAGUUAGAAGACGAAGCCACACCUCAUGCAUCAGUACAACAUGAAAGCGUUGAGGAGGUUAUCCAACACGCGGAUGAAAUAUUGGAAGAGAUUUCCAUAACAGAGACAACGACAGACGAAACAAUUGUGGCUACCCAAGGCAUUGCUUAUAAGGUUCAAGACACAUGCGUUAUCGAAACAACUCCGUCAGACAAAACGACUGAGAAUGGUAAUGAAAUGUUGAAAGAGAGUUCUACUACAGAAGCGCCAUUAGACGAAACAGUUAUGACUACCGAGGAUGUAGUUGACAAUCUUCAAGACACAGCAACCGGUGAAGCACCAUCUUCAGAGAACACAGUGAAGAUUGCCGACAUAAAGAUGGUGGAGCAGAUGGAAGAUAUGACCGCUACUGAAGCAUCAUCAACACUAGAGGAAAGAGUGAAAGACGUUGCUCCAGCGGUUGGAGGUACUGAAGUGAAGCUGGUGUGGAAGGGAGAGAGCAGAGGAGUUCUGUAUGUACAGGGUUCAUGGGACGGAUGGAGACAAGCUCAUAAACUUACCAAGAGUGAAGGAGAGGUGCAGAGUGUUACCCUGACGUUGCCGGUGGGUCUCCACGAGUAUAAGUUCCGAACUGGGAACAACUGGUUCCAUGACGAGACAAAGCCAACCAUGCUGAACGCGUUUCGCACGCUCAACAACAUACUUCAAGUGUCGGGAGAAACUUCUGAAGAGACUAUCUCCUUAGAAGUGACCAUGCCAGACGAUACACUGGAAGCAACCGAUCUGUGUACGAAAGAGAACAACGAUUUCACAAAAGCUCCAACGUUAGCUGAAACAACAGGGGACGUUGUCUCGGCUAUGGUCGUCAUGGAAGACAAAAUGUCCUCUCAAAAGCCUGUUUCAGACGGUGUGCAUCAGAAAGACAACAUGGAUUUCUCCAUGCUACAGGGAGAAAAAGCUGAUGCUACCGUUCAAGACGUAAUAGAAGAGUCUGGGGAGAAUAUUACCGCUGAAUUGAAACCAGCGGAAGACCCAACUUCAACCGACUCGGAGAACAACGGUUGGACAGUUGUUGAUAACUCAGAAGACGAAGCUACAACUAAACCACCAGAAUCACAUGAAAGCGUUCAAAAGCUUAUCCAAGAGGAGGUUGAAAUGUUCGAGAUUUCCAUUACAGAAACAGACGAAACAGUUAUGGGUAGCCAAGAUGUUGUUGACAAGAUUCAAGAUACAGCUAUUUCUGCAAAACCACCAACAGACAAAACAACCGAAAAAGAUGAAAUGUUUGAAGACAUUUCUAUGAUGCCAACAGAGAAAAUGGCUAUGGAUGCUCAAGAUAUUACUGUCAAGAUUCAACACAAAACUAUCUCCGAAACAACACCACUAGACCAACCAACUGACAAGGCCUCUAUAAGCAUUGUGGAGAUGAUAGAAGAUAUGGCCGCCAUUGAAAUACUACCACUAGAGGAAGCAGACGUUGUUCUAGGUGGCGCUCAGGUGACAGAAGAAACGUGUACCGUUUCCACAUCAUCUCCAGUGAAUAUGACUGAAAUUGGGUCAUCAGAAGUAGCGGAAAAGUCAGUGAACACAACUAAAGGCGAAACAAAAGCCCCUGUCGAGACUGCAGGUGUUGAAGCGCCCAUCGCAAGGAUGUCAGACGAAAUGGCUAAAGUUGCAGUUUCGUCAGCUUUGAAAAUAUCUGGGAAACUGUCACCAGAAAUUCUGGCAUCUAAAACAAGUGACACAAUGGUCCCUGUCGAAGCUGCAGAGGUUGUACCGACCACCACUAAGAUGUCAGAAGAAACGGAUAAAGUUGCAACGUCAUCAGCAGCCAACAUGCCUGCGAAACAGUUACCUGAAAUUCUGGAAACUACUGCAAGCAAAACAAUGGAUCCUGUUGAAACCGCAGGUAUUGAAACGACCAUCGCCAAGAUGUCGGAAGAAAUGGCUAAAGUUACUAUUACAUCUUCUGCAGUCGAGAUGUCUGCGAAACCGUUAUCGAAACAUGCCGACACAAGUACAACCGAAGCGGCUGAAACGGCAGCGGUUGGGGGUAUUGAAGUGAAGCUGACGUGGAACGGGGAGACCAGAGAUGAUGUGUUUGUACAAGGGUCAUGGGAUGGAUGGAGACAGUCUUAUAACCUAACCACUGGGUGA